UUUCUGUCAUCUUGACAAAACCAAACUUAACCUCAGAGGUGUUCUGCGUUUAACCUAGGUUGAAAAUUUUACUCCAUGUGUAUUACUAAUUAUGGAGGCAUAUAAAGCUGAUCCAAACAAAAAGAAAAGUUGGAGUGAAGUGAACAAAGGCAGAAAGGAGGAGAAAAGGAAAUGGCGAGAGAUCAAUUUGGAGAAGAAAAUGAAGAAACAGCAACUAAAAGGAGAAAAUAAGCAGGAUGUAGAUGCCGCCGCUUCAUUAGUGCCCAAAACCAUCUCUACCUUGUCCAUAGCUGUGCCUGGAUCGAUUUUGGAGAAUACCCAAACCCCAGAGCUUAGGUGCUAUCUGGCUGGCCAAAUAGCUAGGGCAGCCUGCAUUUUUCAGGCAAAUGAAAUCAUCGUUUUUGAUGAUCACUCCGAUGAACCGUUUGCGAAGAAAGCAAAGUUUGACGAUGAACAAGGCGAAAAACAGUCCAGAUACAGCUGUGUCCAGUUGAGUAAAAUUCUGCAAUACCUGGAAUGCCCGCAGUAUCUAAGGAAGUUCUUUUUCCCCAUUCAGAACGACUUGAAGUACUGCGGUCUGUUGAAUCCCUUGAAUGCGCCACAUCACUUGAGUGUGAAGGAUAAUUUUAUAUUCAGGGAAGGAGUUGUCCUAAACACACCGGUCAAAGAUGGCAAAGGAUCCACAGUGAAUGUUGGCUUGCUGAGACAAGUUAGAGUGAACCAGGCCCUUGUACCCGGUAUCCGAUGUACGGUUAAGCUGCUGCCCCAAGAACCCAAUAUAAAGAAGCUGAAAGGAAUUUUAGUGUCCCCCAAUCUACCCCGAAGCGAAACAGGAAUUUAUUGGGGCUAUUCAGUGAGAGUAGCCAAUUCCCUUUCCGAUGUCUUCUCCCAGUGCCCUUAUAAGGAAGGGUACGAUCUUACCAUAGGCACAUCGGACCGAGGCUCCGCCGUUGAUCAAUUCGUGUGUCCAAAAUACAAGCAUUUGCUGGUAGUAUUUGGAGGCGUGCAAGGAUUGGAAGCCGCCUUGGAAAACGACUCGGUUUUAGACGCAGAUGAUCCCAAACUGCUGUUUCACAAUUACCUAAAUACGAUCCCCGAACAGGGAUCAAGAACGAUUCGAACUGAAGAAGCAAUUUUGAUCAGUUUGGCCGCGCUCAGGCCCAAAUUGAAUCCGGAAUUCCAGAGCAAAACUUUUGAUGGAAACGAUACAGAGUAUCAAGAAGAUUCCGUGUUGCCAGGGAAAGUGCCCAGGGCAAAAGCUGGUAGCGAAAGCGAUAAAACUGGGCCUGUCGCUGACGAUAUGAGCAGGUUUGACUCUGAUUAAAAGUCAUUUCAGCAUUUUCCCAAUGGUUAAACGUUAUUGCAAAUUUAUUAAAAUUUAACCGUAUAACAAAUCUAAAAGCCAACAUAUAAAAAUAGAAUGUAGAAGACGAAUGUUAUAGAUUUGGUACGAAAACAUGCUAUGUUAGGUCUUAACUUAACAGGAAUGGUUGUAACUGCAUCAAGCUCCAUUUAACUUAAGGAACAGAUUCUUAAACAUUAUACUUUUUACACCUAAA